GCGUACAGGCAGGCGCACUACACCUCCUCCUAUGUGAAGCAGGCUAGAUGCUAAGUUAGCCGCAGCGUUGGCCUCACAGACUACACGUCCGCUAAAAGACACACGACAUCGCUCUCGGAGAACCGGCCGAGCCCGGCGGUCUACACAUCCCAAGGGUGAGAGGGUAAAUUGGAUUCGGCCUGCAGCAGCCUAGUGUUCAACAACAACAAACCUCGCAAUGGGCAAAAAGACUCGCGAAGAAGACGACUCGUCCUCCGAUGAGGAAGAAUAUGUUGUGGAGAAGGUGCUGGACAGGAGGGUGGUGAAGGGCAGAGUCGAGUUCUUCUUGAAGUGGAAAGGAUACUCAGAGAAGCACAACACCUGGGAGCCAGAGAAGAAUCUGGAUUGCCCAGAACUUAUUUCAGAAUUCAUGAAGACCUACAAGAAAAGCAGCAGCAGCAGCACUAGCAGCAGUGGUGGUGGUGGAAGCUCCACACCAAGCAGCGGGGCCAGCAAAUCCACCGCCGGCCCCUUGGGAAGGACCAAAGACUCCAGCAGCUCGAAGAAGAGGAGCUCAGAUGAUGAUGAGGAAGGUGGAAGUAAAGCCAAAAAGAAAAAAGAGGAAGACAUUUUAGUUGCUCGUGGCUUUGAAAGAGGACUUGAGCCUGAGAAGAUCAUUGGAGCAACUGACUCCUGUGGGGACCUCAUGUUCCUUAUGAAGUGGAAAGACUCUGAUGAGGCUGAUCUUGUGCUUGCCAAGGAGGCCAAUCACAAGUGCCCACAGAUCGUCAUAGCCUUCUAUGAGGAGCGUCUCACCUGGCAUGAAGACAGUGACAAGAAGGAGAAGGACGCUGUCACUGCGUGAGGGAAUCACCUCAGGAGGAAAUGGGACCUCCUCCACUGCAGGGACAAGCUUGAUUCAGACAUUUUUCACAACCAAACCUCCCACCCUUCCUCUUUACCAUGUCCAACAACAGAGCACAAGGGGCCCAGACUGCUGAGAAUAGUCCACCAGACAGAAGGAGACGCUGACAUGGAUGGAUGGAUCGUAUGCUACUGGGGAGGGUUUUUGCUGUUCUAUCUUUGUAUUUUUAACCCUUUUUUUUUUAAUUUUUUUUUUUAUGUCUUAUCACAUUUUUAGUGCUUACAGGAUACGAUUUUAAGUCGGAAAGAUAUUUUGCAUCCACUUGUGCAGAUGGUCAUCUUUUAAAACUCAGAAUAUCGUCUUGGAAGCCAGGAUCGGGACAAGCUGAGUAAACUAUGAGCUUGUCCUGAGCUGGGUACACAAACCCCACCCUAAUGUAGACAGCGCCGAUUUUCUUUUGAAGAACCCAAUGGUAAUGAGAACCUAGAAUUUGAUAUAGAGGAAGCAACCGCAGCAGCAUUUUCCUCACUGCAUAAUCACUUCCUUUUUUAGAACUUUUUAUCUCGUGUAGAUGUCUCAGUUUGUUCUGUCUGCUGAGAAAUAAGCGAUUCGGUUUGUAAACUUACUGAGGAAGCCGGCCAACUCAUAUCUUUAUUAUAUAGUGAUGAUACCCUCGUUAAAACUUUUUUUUUUAAAUGUAAUUGUAUGCUUUUUAUCUCUUGUGAUAUCCAAGUUCUAACAUAUGAAUGUUGUGUUGUUUAUACAGUUUCUUUAUGCCACCACCAUUCAAAGAAAAGGACAAUAAAACGAUUUUAUGGAG